GGCAUGUUAAGGCCCUUCGCGUGGUAGCCUGAGCCAAAGCUCAUGAAGGCACCUGACUAGACGUCCCGCGGUGCGGAGGAACCAGCGUGUGGUCUGAGGGGCUGCUGGGGUCAGAGUGCGGCUGGGUGGCAGAGACGUGGACAGAAGCAGGCUUGGUGCUGUGUUUGGGGGCCGCAGGCUGCCCUAGCAACGGGACCAUGCUUCGGCUGAUUUCCAGGGCUCUUGCCGUCUUCCGGAGGAAGAUAGACUCGUCAGAGGCAGAGAGGGAGCAGCAUAUGAGGCUCUUGGAAUUGGAAGGUGACACCAGGUUAAAAACUGUACAAGGAGUAGUGACACAGUUCUGUAGUGAUUAUGGCCUGAUUGAUGAGUUGAUCUACUUCACCAGUGAUGUUAUAACUGGCAACGUGUUCCUGAAAGUUGGACAAGAAGUCACCGCCAUUGUGGAAGAAGAUAAAGCAUAUGGAUUGAAAGCGAUCAAAGUGGAUGCUCUCUGUGAUAGUUGCCAUGGCAAUGGACCUGCAGACUCCUAUGCUAGAAUCUCAUUUGGCUCUAUUACCUCUCUAAUGGAAGGUGCUAACUACGUUGAUCACACAACUUACUUCUCUCUAGAUGUCAUUUGUAAAGGUUUUGAGCCUUACCAGGGGGACCGAGUAGAAGUUGAGUUUUGCACCCCAUUGGAUGCGCUGAGCCGAAAGGCCCUCUCGGUGAAGCCUCUGAGACAUAAGCAUGUGCAUGAGGUCUGCAUUACCAGCCUUCAUGGAAGAAAUGGGGUGAUAGAUGAUAGCAUCUUUUUCACCUUGGAAUCUCUGAAGCUACCUGAUGGAUACACACCUCAAAUAUCUGACAUUGUUAAUGCUGUUGUGGUGGAGAGCAUUCAGUCCUGCUACAUUUGGAGAGCCAUUUCUAUGUCUCUAGUGAAAAGGCAGUAAUAAGAAAACAGCAGUUUUAUUCCUUGUGCAGCUUCUCUUCUCUCAUCAGUAAAGGGCCUGCUUUAAAUGUG